UGUUUUUGGUUUUGUUGUUGUUGUUGUUUUGUUUUGUUUUGUUUUUCUGUUUAAUGGGAGCACAUUUGCAGAGUGAUCAAGUAAAGUCUGCUAGUCGCCAAAAUCCACGGAAAAGGCAUCUCCAAUAGAGAUCGUGUCAGAUGAAGUUCAGCACUGCUGAGCAUCAGGCGGAUUUCUGGAGAGGCUGCUGCAGAUCUUUCACCUGACAAGCCCUCACAGAGAAACGUGUAGGGUUUGGAGGUUGUUUUCUGUUUUCUCCCACGGAAUCACAAAAUUGUUACAGUUCGAAAGGACCUCUGGAAGUCAUCCAUCCAGGGUCCCCUGGAGCAGAUGACACAGGAACGCAUCCAGGUGGGAUUGGAAGGUCUCCAGAGGAGAUUCCACGACCUCUCUGUGCCAGCAUAAGCGCUCUGCCGCCCUCAGCGUAAAGCACCUCUUCCUCACGUUUUUUUUUCCCCUAAGGUGGAUGCUCCGCAACUCCCGAGGUAAUGAACGUGGAUUAGAAAGGAUAUGUCCUUACUGCUACCAGUUCCUGGUUCCUGACAGCUACCGCGUGCGCCUCAAACCAAAGAUGAAAGUGACUCCACAGAUAGAGAGGGUUCUUAAACGAGAGGCAAAGAAUCAUAAGCUUAACAUGAAACAGACAAAGCUUUUGAGAAAGUACAGGGAGUCAAGAAGCAUUCUGCUCGUUUCUUGCAAAUCUUGCAACAAAACAACAAGAUAUUAUGGUAAAAGCAGGGAUUUUCUGGCAGCCAAAGCACAAAAUUGUGGCACUCCAGGUACCAAAUCUAGCCUGAAGACACCAGAUAUAAAAAUUCAGUCUGCAAAGAAAAUGACACCUGCAAGCUGCAGUAGGUUGGGAUCUAAAGGGAACAGUCCCUCAUCACUUUCCAGGACACGUGAAUCCGGACAGACAACAACCAACUCGGCUUCCAAGACUCCCCGAAAUUCCAAAUUUCACUUUUCUAAGCUAAAACGGAUGCUUGACCUAGAAGAAAAAGAGAAAAACCAGAAGGCAGAUUUCAAAACCUUCUUGACUUCACUUUAGUUAUAUAUUAUUUUAAACUAAUAAAGAUUACAGCAAUAAAUAUUACUCCA